AUGGACGCUCCUGCUUCCUACUCCCAUUCGGGACGAGCCAGCAAAAGAAAGCGAGAGUCAUCAGAUCUUGAUGAGAAGCCAGCUGGGACACCAGAAAGCUCCACACAAGCGACUCGUUUCUCAAAACGAACACCACCCAGGGAGGCAAAGGUUAGACCUCACCGAGUCCCUACAAAUUCGAUCGAUAAUGCAUGUUCGCUGACCCGUGACUUGGCCGAAAUUCUGCAAGAAAAGCCCUCUUUGGCGUCCUCUGCUGUCGACCUCCUGGACCUCUAUUUGUGUCUGUGGGAGUGCUACAUGAUCAAGUCUGCCGGCAAAAUACGCUUGGAAGAGGAGCGCCGCUUCCUGCAGAACUCCAACGAAUGGCUGGUGAAAGAAAACGAAAAGCUCCAUCAAUGCUGUAAUAACCAGGAACUGCUAUUGUGGGAUCGUCGUCAGGCCUUUGUUUCGGUACGCCAGGGAGUUCUCGCAACAUUGCAAAAUAGUGAUAGACGGUUUCACCAGAUAAACUACGAUUUGGAUCUGGACCUUGAUUCAAUCUGGAGAGAAUUCCCCAAUAUGCCGACCCCACCACCUUGUCUCGCAGCCAACCACCACAGUCUCCGUUCAGUCAAACCUAAUAGCAUGCCAAAACAUGCAAGAUACGGGGCCAAGAGGCCUCCCUUCAUCGAAUGCCUGUUCUAUCCUAGCUAUGAAAGCAAGUGCUCCUUCAGCUGGACCGGACCGGAUCCUCUGUCCCCUGACACCUGCGCCGAUGAUAUGUUCCUCUACGUGUCGGCAUUCUUCCUUUUUGAGCGCAUGGACUGGAUAGAAAUCCGCCUCAGCAAGCUCAACAUAGAAAAUAAUGAGGUCGUGGAAGAGUACCCGUUUUUCCUUCCACGGGUUGAAUCGAUGCUGGGGAAUCUACCCAGAACCCGUGGUCAGAUACAUGAUAUCAUAUUGCAGAGUAACCACGUGGAAAGUGUUGGAGAAACCCGAUUUCAACUGUCGAUGUGGCCACGGACUGAAAGUUCACAGAAUUCUGCUAUGCGGGGUGCGAUCCCUCUAUCUUACAUCGACUCUUCCAUGCAUGUAUCUUCACUUAAUCCGCAGCUUUUUGUGCAAAAUAUUGUAGGAAACUGGGGGAUGUGA